AGCUUUACAAAAACAGCUUGUCAGUUACGAUACAUAACUAAAAUGAAAAAAAAAAGUAUGGAUAAGCAUAACCAUUGAGGCCUUAAAAUUACUUACGGGUGGAUUGGUAAUCUGCACUGGUGAACCAAAAAUAAAUUCAAGAAUCCUGAAGAAUUAGAACUUCUGGGCCCACAGGGGCUUCCAGGAAGUCAGCGUCUUAGGAGAGAUGCCAGGGGAGGUAUAUAUGUUCCACGAGCAAGAUGGUGAAUGCAGAAUUGGAAAGUGCAUGAGCCAGACGUCAAUGCGCUCCUUGUACGAGCUGCACAUCCAGAAUAUGCUAUGCGAUGCCACCCUGAGGCUGGAAGAUGGAGGCAAGGUCUCGGUUCACAGAGCGAUACUCUCAGCAUGUAGCCCGUAUUUUAGAUCACUUUUUACGACAACUCUCCAUUCGAAGGAGAAGCGAGACAUCAUCCUGCCGGGGAUCACGAAGGACAUCAUGCACUCGCUGCUGGAGUACGUCUACCUCCGCAAGAUCAGCAUCACGAUGAACAACGUGACCCGGCUCCUGUCAGCGGCGGACUACCUCUCCAUUCUGGGCGUUCUCCAGCUCUGUUGUGACUAUCUUAAAUCUCAACUCAAUCCUGAAAACUGCAUAGGAAUUUUGAUGUACUCCAGGGAUCACUUUUGCACCGAUUUGGAAAAAGAAGCUUUCACGUAUGUGAUGAGGAACUUUGUCAAAGUGUCUCAACAGUCCCUGGAAAUUCUGGAACUAGAUGUGGAGGAAAUAAGGGAUGUAAUUGGCUCUGACGAACUGAACGUGAAGAGCGAGGAACUCGUUUGGGAAUUCGUCCUUCGGUGGAUCAACUACGACGCCGAGAAGAGGAAGAAGCACAUUGUUGUCCUGAUGGGGCAGAUAAGGCUCGGAUUGAUGGAUACACAAUUCUUCCUGGAGCAUGUGAAGGAGCAUCCUUACGUAGUCGGGAACGAAGCGUGCCGGCCGAUAAUCAUCGACACCUUGCGGUUCCUCUACGACUUGGAGAUGAUCACUCAGCGGCAGGGGGAGGUGACGACCCCGGAGAUCGCACGCCCCCGGGUGCCCCACGAGAUCCUGUUCGCCAUCGGAGGGUGGAGCGGAGGCUCUCCGACCAACUACAUCGAGACUUACGACACUCGUGCUGAUCGGUGGGUGAAGGUGGAAGAAGUGGAUCGGACUGGACCCCGGGCUUACCACGGCACCGCCGUCGUCGGCUACGAGAUAUACGUCAUCGGGGGCUUCGACGGCAUGGACUACUUCAACUCCUGUCGCUGCUUCAACGCCGUGAACAAGACUUGGAGGGAGAUAGCGCCCAUGAACGCCAGGAGAUGCUACGUGAGCGUGGCAGUGUUGAACGACGUGAUCUACGCCAUGGGAGGUUACGAUGGACACCAUCGACAAAACACUGCCGAAAAAUACGACUACAGGACUAAUCAGUGGACUAUGAUAGCGCCGAUGAACGCACAGAGGAGCGACGCUUGUGCGACGACACUUAGUGGUAAAAUCUACAUCACCGGUGGUUUCAACGGACAGGAGUGCAUGAACACCGCGGAGGUGUACGACCCAGAACUCAACCAGUGGUCACUGAUUCCUCCGAUGAGGUCAAGAAGAAGCGGAGUAUCCUGCGUUGGAUAUCAUGGCUGCCUUUAUGUCAUCGGUGGGUUUAAUGGCAUAUCAAGAAUGUGCAGUGGAGAAAAAUUCAAUCCUACGACAAAUACUUGGAGCCCGAUUCCUGAUAUGUACAACCCGAGGAGUAAUUUCGCAAUUGAAGUCAUCGAUGACAUGAUUUUCACAAUCGGUGGUUUCAACGGUGUAACAACCAUAUACCACGUCGAGUGUUACGAUGAUAAGCCGAAUGAAUGGUACGAGGCGACGGACAUGAACAUCUACCGGUCGGCCCUCUCGGCCUCGGUCAUCAUGGGGCUGCCGAACGUGAGGGACUACAUCCACCAGCACAGGGACCGCCUCAUGGAAGAGAAGAGGCAGAAGCUGCUGGCACUGGACGCGCAGAGAGCACUUCAGCCGCACCAGCAAGCAGUGCAAGAUGAGAACUAGGGGCAACCAUCCACCUGUUAACCUUAAAUAAAAUAACUCUAAGCUGUUUAAUAUUUUUAUUUAUGAGAGUGCUAUGAAGUCAAACCUCUCAAUUGUCAUUGAUAUUAAAUAUUAUAAUUGUUUUUAUUGGCAUUAUUUAUAUCUAUGAGUUUGUUUAGUUUUACUACCAGUUCAUAUUAUUUAAGGUAAAUGUACCAGAAAUAAAAACUGUGUUGGGGCCAGGGGUAUUUCAA